CCCGCUGUCGAGCUUGGUGACUCGGUGCCUGCUGUCGAGCUUGGUGACUCGGUGCCUGCUGUCGUGCCAGAUGACUAGGUGCCCGCUGUCGUGCCAGAUGACUCGGUGCCCGCUGUCGAGCUUGAUGACUCAGUGCCCGCUGUCAUGCCAGAUGACUCGGUGCCCGCUGUCGUGCCAGAUGACUCGGUGCCAGCUGUCGGGCUUGGUGACUCAGUGCCCGCUGUCGUGCCAUUUGACUCGUGCCUGCUGUCGAGCUUGGUGACUCGGUGCCCGCUGUCCUGCCAGAUGACUCGGUGCCCGCUGUCCUGCCAGAU